AUGUGGAUUACGAGAGAAGAUUCUAUUGGAUUCUCAACAAAGACACAUAGUGAUUUUGCACGGCACUUGCUUCUGAAUUUUUGCGAAGACGAGCCUUUGCAAUCAAUGGAAUCUCCAGGCGAUGGUAAAUACUACAUAUUUGUUAUUUAAUAAUGCAAUUAAUUUCUUUAUAUUUUAAAAUGAUUUAUCUACAUCCUAUAUGAUCAUAUAUUUUGUAUAUUACACUUCAGAUCGACCCUUGCUAUAUGUUCUGUCUUCAACACCUGUUGGUAAAGGCAAACCUGAUCGAAAUUUGUGUUUGUCACCCAUUGUCCAUGAGACUGACAAUGACAUGUGAGUGUUGAAAAUAAUAGAACGUAAGAAAUACGGUGGAUAUUAUCCUUUAAAUGCUUUAAUAGUAGUGCCUUGUUGCUGAACAUGAUGUCACAUUAUUAAUGUGUUCUUCCUUGACCUCGAAUAACAGAAUAAGCCAAUAAGGGGCUGUUUAUAUCGAAGCCAGGCUGAUCGGCCAGGUAAGCAGGAUAAAUGUCUCUUCUGUUUUCCCAGGAAAAUUUUUUUUGACAGUUAAAAAUAGCUUGCAGCGGCAUCUUUGAACUGUCAUCCCUGCAACCGGGCCAGCUUGUUUGUUCGUGUUUAGAUAGAGAAAUCUUUAUUCUGGCAAGUGACAUCUCACCUCUUUCAAAUGGUAAUUUUUACUAUAAAAAUAACUGCACAGUGAGAUCUCACCACAGUAUAGGGAGACGACCAGUAGCGCUACUUAGGAAAGAAAAGUGGGAAUUAUUUAAGCUAGGUCCCAGGUGUCUUACACAGCCAAAAUCAUUAUUCUGUAAUACAAUUUUAUAGUGAACUGCUGCCGUUGGCUGCUAAUAUGUAAAUUAGGUUGGCAGCCAGUAAACAAUGUGGACACUUUUUUACGCUGAGUGGCCCUACUGUAGUUUUCCUAUACUGCGAUCUCGUUUACCAGGCUGUCUCCUGACUAAGAAGGCCAACCCGGUUCCAUACAAAGUCUUGAGUUAUAUAGCAACUGGUAUAUUGUAUCUUAUCUAUUUUGUUCUUUAUUAUCGUUUGGCUCAUUUUGGCUAUUUCACAUAGUUGGACGUGCUCCUGUCAUGAGAGCUACUACUAAAAUGAAACCAGGUUUACUGGAAAUCAGGGUUAGUGUAAUUUACUUUCCCAAACAGAGCCAUGGAUGUUGCACCUAUAUCUGCUAGUCUUGAUGUGAGCAGAAUUGAGAGUCUUUCCAUAUCUGUCAAUCCUGAAUUUGGAUUAUACCAUGAAGACCCUUCAUUCGAGAGUGAUAGCACAAGUUCGGAAUCAGAUCAUGAUACAAGGUAAUUAUUACUUGCAUAGUUGUAUUCACAAUUUAGUUAAUAAGUAGCAGCAUCUUUUGAGUUUUGAUGGCAAAUCAAAUAGUAUGCAAUGAGUCAUCUGAUAAAAAAAUCCACACUUCCCAACACUUUCCCAUUCCCCCUUUGGGAUGUUCUAGUACAUUUUAUUAACCAAAAAGGAUUCCUCAUUUCCUAUCAUCCUCUACUGGAUUCUAAAAAUUUUCUUUUACCUUUUCCCAAAUAUUUAUUCACUUUUACAUGUAAAGCUUUUAUUAAUAGUUCCUGUGAUUCAAGUGAAUAUGAUAGUGGAUCUGAAGAUGGCCAGUGUAUUUAUGAUGUUCAAGGGUAAGAGAGAACUAUCAGAUCACUUGUAACAUCUUCACUGAAAUCCACUUCCUAGUUUCUACUGUACUGAUUGUGAACAUGACCUUCAUUUCCCAUAUUUAUAGUAACAAUGAACACCUCUCCAUUUGGUAUUAUGUACAGUACUCUUAUAAACCUUUUGUUUGUUUGAUGUUCAAUAUUGUCUGUUUCAUAGAUUUGCAGAAGAGUAUGAUCCUGAAGCAACACUAAGUGCCAUAGAAGAUGAAGAGUGUGAUCCUGAAGCAACAUUAAGUUCAACGGAAGAUGACAUGCUUGACACAACUCUUAAUAUUACAAGAGGAGAAGAAGAUAUGGAUGUUAGUAGUUUAGAAGAUGAUAACGACAAGCCUCAAAAAGCUGAAUCACUUCAAGAAAGAAAUGAAAGGCUGGCAGAAGAAAUGCAGAAUGCAUUUAAUGUUCUGGCUGGUUUAGGUAACCAUAACAAAAUGUGCAGUGAGCAUUUUCGGAGAGAUCGUGUUGUCGUUGAUGUGCCUUUGUUAUUGAAAGUAUUUAAUAAGGUGGUCAUUCACCUUUAAACCUUUUUUUUUCAAUUUAUGCCAUAUUAAUGUGAAAGUAUCAUUUUUAGAAAGAGUUUGGUGAUAGAAAAUGACUUAUGCAAAAAAAUUUUCACAAAGUCACUAAUUAGACUAAUGGCGGCCGCUAAUUAGCCCAUAAAUGCUCAACGUUUGAAACAUGAUAUCACAUGAACCAAUUACUCAAAUUUAAUGAAUGAUAUAUUUUUAGAAAGCUUAGAACCUAAUCUAGUGCCUUCCUUUCUUUAUUUUCACCUUAAAGUUGUUUUUUUCAAAAUGUUGAUAUUAAAUGUGAAUAUUAAGGGAAAAUUCAAUUUUUCGACAGCAAUUUAGGUAAUUAAAUAUCACAUUUUUGUUAAUAAUGAAACAUAUUGAGAUUUGAAGAAAGGAAGGCACUAGCUAAAGGCAUUAGCCAAUAUCAUGCCAAGUUUCAACUAUUUACAGGAAAUAUUGAAGACGAUAUGAUGCAACAAAGAUUUCUCGAAACAGCAAGGUUUCGUUCUGUUUUUUUUUCUUCAGAAAUGUUCAGAAGGCCCCUGCUUCAUAAGUAGUACCUUCAUUGUCUUGCACAUCAUCAAUAUAAUGUUUUCUCAGAUGUCUCAAUGUUUUCCUUCUGCUUUUCACCUUCUCCGUUACUUUCUUGGCCGACAGUUUGAUCCUCGCUGUGUCACUAUCGUGUGCACCCUUGCUGGUGAAUAUCCCAGGAGUGAUAUCCAAAUCACUCAGAAUCUUCAAAAAGGAAAUGUCCCCAUCAUUGAACCUUAG